AUCCAAGCACCCAUCCACCAAAUAGACCACCAUAUGCCCCAAGACCUCGCCCAACUCCCGAAGUCAGAAAUACCCGAACCUAUACCCCCAUAGCCGAGCCUUUAGCCCAGUUAUUUGAAAGGUUGAGGACAGCAGGAUUGUUGCAACCAAUUGAAGGGAGAAUCCCUGAUCCAAUUCCUCGAAACUUUGAUGGGAACAAACGUUGCGCAUAUCAUUCGGGAAUUCAGGGACAUGACACCGAGGAGUGCUUUGGUUUGAAGAACCAAGUUGAAGCUUUAAUCAAGAGUGGAGCAAUUCAAUGCACUACGCCCUCGAACGUGAACAACAACCCGCUACCAAAUCAUGGAAACCGAGCAAGUUAAUAUGAUAUCAUUUAAUGAGGAAUAUGACUUGGAGGGAACCAUUGUGCCCGUUGGAAACACUGAGGCAUUUGUCGCAACAUCCCCAACUGCUCCCAUCAUCACGGUACAGUUGAAGGCGCCGGUAACUGUUCGGACAUACCAACCAAAAUUCGUGGUGACCACCGUUGUAGCAAGAAAGCACGAUUAUGAUUCUAGGGCAGUCCCAUGGGACUAUCAAUUGAAAGGGAAGGCUAAGAUGAUGGAAACCGCAGUCGCCCAUGGAAUGACGAGGUCAGGAAGAUGUUAUGUCCCGGAGGAUUUAAACAGAGGAAGUUCAGGCAAAGAGCACCAUCAAAGGAAAACAUUACUGAUGCCGAGGCAGCAGAAUUUUGGAAGAAGAUGCAAACCAAAGAUUAUUCAGUUGAGGAACAGUUGAAGAAGACACCUGCCCAAAUAUCGAUCAUGUCCUUGUUGAUGAGUUCUGAAGCCCACAGGACGCUUUAGUUAAGGUAUUGAGUGGAGUAAGCAUAUCGAAUGAGACAACGAGUGAAACGUUGGCCGCAACAAUCGGGCAGAUGGUUGAAGCAAACAAGAUUUCUUUCUGCGAUGAUGAACUUCCACCAGAAGGAACGGAACACAACAAAGCACUUCACAUCACCGUGAGGUGCGGAGAUAAGUUUGUAUCUAGGGUACUUGUCGAUGGAGGUUCAGGGUGUAACAUUUGCCCUCUCAACACCCUGAGAAGUUUGAAGAUGGACACGGGAGAAAUGAAAGAAAGCCGUAUGAAGGUCCGAGCUUUUGACGGGACACAAAGGGGUGUCAUUGGAGAAAUCUGUCUACAUUUGCAGAUCGGGCCCGUGGAAUUCCCGAUCCUUUUUCAAGUGAUGGACAUAUCAUCAACUUACAACUUGUUGUUAGGAAGGCCAUGGGUCCACAUGGCUGGAGCCGUUCCUUCCACUUUGCAUCAGUGUUUGAAAUUCGAAUGGGGCUGGGAGCAAAUCGUAGUUCAGGGGGAACUUGGUCACCCCGUCUAUUCUGAACGCUCUAUUCCGGUUAUUGAAGAAAUGGGAGAAUUAGAUGGAGCCACCUUUCAUGCUGUGGAAAUCAUGCAAGCUGUAAAAAUAUGUGAGAUGGCGGGAUCUGAUGAAAUGAAGAUGUCAAGCGCAGCAAAGAUGGUAGCGUCAGAGAUGUUGAAGUACGGCUACCAGCCAAAGUCCGGGUUAGGCCCAAAAUUCGAUGGCAUAAUUGAACCAAUCCAACUGAAGCAGCAGAAGGGUACUUUUGGGCUCGGGUAUGAUCCUAUGUUUGGAGAAACUAGCGGCACUAAGAGGAUCUUUGUGCCAGAGCAAGUUCCCGUCCGGUGGUCGAUGAUUGUGCGGAGGUCGAUGAAGAUAUCAUAG